ACACACACACAGAAAGGCAGUGUUACACGCCAAGACGAAUCCUACACACAACGACACAUCCACGCACACACACCCACACUGAGUCAGAUGGAGGUCGGCAGGAUGGCCAUCUCCACGUGUGCUGGUUCUCUCCUGCAUUGGACGGCCUUCACCCUCCUCUCAGCUCCCUGGUCGCCACUGGUGUCUUCCUUCAAAGUGUCAGAGGGGGGUGUGGCCUCGCUGUCCUGUCAGUACUCCGUGAAGCGCUUCGGCCUGAGCCGCGUGUGCUGGGGGCGGAGCUGCGGAACCUUCUGGUGCAGCGACAUCCUGGUCCAGACCGACGAGACCGGCAUUAUCUCUAAGGUGACGGACAGGUACAGGUUAACGGGAGACGUGCUGGAUGGACAGAUGGACCUGUCUAUCCUGAACGUGAGGAGGACGGACAGCGGCCCGUACUGCUGCAGGGUCAACAUCAAUGGGAUCUUCAACGACAAAAAGGUGGUCAUGAACCUGCGUGUGGUCAAAGUACCAGGGUCAAUCACCAGCACCACACCGAGUACCACUGCCAUGACUGAACGCGUCACGACGGCCCCAUGGGCUUCCACCACAACGUGGAGGAACAUCUUGUCCUCCCAUCUCGAGCUCUUCAGAAGAAACUCCACCCCCCUGCAUUCCGGAGCCAUCACUAUGGAGGACUCUGUGCCCACUCUGUCUCUCCAGAUCAACGUUCCCGUGCUCUCCCUCUCCCUCUGUCUGCUGCUCCUGGUGUCCGGAACGCUGAUUGUCCUUGCCUUUAAAUGUGGAAUCCAUAGAAGAGCUUCAAUGAAAGGCUGUUUCUCAACCAGGGAACCCCCUCACAUCAUCUACGAGAUACGCCUGAGGAGGCCCAUUCAAGAAAACAUCUACACCUUGGACUGAGGUCUGAGACAACGCUCUGAGAUUGCUUAUCCCCGACAUUUUGUACUGCUCUGAUAGACUGUUUGACCUGAUCAUAUCCUGUGUGUAUAGAUCUUAGGCAUAGCUCAAAACACUAUUUUAUGUUGUCUUUUUUUAUAUCUGCGUUAAUGAAGGAGACAGUGAUGACAUAGUCAAGCGAAGAUGAGUUUGUGCCGUUGCCGGUUGCCAAAGUUCAAGACACUGUGACGCCUGGUGCCCACUAGUCUGUGAACACAUGGUUAACACACUCGCGGGUUGAGCCGCCAUUCACAAAAUACCAACUUUGUCACGCAUCUGCCUGUAGUGUUUCCUAAUGGAAAAAGUCUGCUUGUAUUCUAUGGGGUCAGAACAGUCUCAUUAAUAAUGAAAGCACAGAAAAGGAUUCACAAAUGUAUUUUGUGAUUUAUAUAUAAAUUACUCUCUUCUCACAAAUACAUUUCAAUGCACACACAAAUGGAUAUCGGUAUGUAUAAAUGUAAAAUAAAUCCAUAAACAAAAAUAAGUUUCACAAACACAUUUCUGAUCCACACACAAAUGUGUCUUGUUUUAGAUAAAUGGUAUGUAAAUCCAUAAAUGUAUAUAUAUAUAUUUUUUUAGCAAUUUUAUCAAAAAUGACGCUUUUCAUUUGUGAACCCUUUUGCAUUUGUGCGUGAACUGGCCUGUGUUUUUAAGACUCUCCUGACGUGGCUGGAUCACGGCUGGAUUCACUAUAUGCAUUUUUUUCAACAAGGAACUCUCUGUAGCCAAUCAGAUGCCUCCCUCGUUUUCAGCCAAUCACAUUACUCCAAUGACUGGGUGUCUAGAUUGUCUGUGCCGUUAAAGUAGCAUUAAUAAUCGUUUACUACUUUAACGGCACCGACAAUCCCAAAACCCAGUUGAAACUAGAUUGAAAAAGUGUGUAGUUCAAAACGUGACGCAGCGUUUACUUCUUCACCACCUAGAGAUUGUUAUGUACGAUCAUUCAAAAACCCCAUGUUAUUUCCCAUAGACAUUUGACCGAGGGAACCGGGAGGCUCGGAGGCUGGACUUAUUCUUCUGAGGUCGCGACUGCAGUCAUGUGAUUGGCUGAAAACGAGAGAAGGCAGCUGAUUGGCUACAGAGAAUUCCUUGUUGAAAGAAAUGCAUUUGUGAAUCCAGCCGCGUCAGGAGAGUCUCAAAAUCCACAUAUAAGUACAGACCAGUUCACACACAAAUGCAAACAAGUUCACAAAUGAAAAACGUCUUGUUAAUUCAAGUUUAACAGUUUUAUAUCAAUGAAACAACAUCAAAAUACAUUUUUUAUGAAAAUUGCAAAUAUUUAUUUUAUUCAUAUAUUUAUGGAUUUAUAUUACAUUUAUUUAAAACAAGACACAUUUGUGUGUGGAUCAGAAAUGUGUUUGUGAAACAUAUUUUUGUUUAUGGAUGUAUUUUACCUUUAAACAUACCGAUAUCCAUUUGUGUGUGCAUUUAAAUUUAUUUGUGAGAAGAGAGUAAUUUAUAAGGAACCACAAAAUACAUUUGUGAAUCCUUCUCUGAGCAUUCAUUAUUGAUGAGACUGUUCUGACCCCAUAGUAUUCAAAGCACACAUGAUGAAAAUAAAUGUUCCAAACAAUAAAUCAGUUGAUGGCUAAGACAAGGAUAAA